AUGAGUCGGAGCGGCGCAAGGAGUGCCGGUUCCUCGCGAGGGGCGACGGCGGUGUAUCAGCGCGGAAUGGAUGAAGAAGGCCUCUGGGAUGACGCCGAGCUCAUCCGCCUGUGGAACACGCAAUUGGAACAGCAGAAGGAGGAGGAGGAGGAGGCCGCCCCGCAGCUUCCUGCACUCCGCCCUGCUUUGUCUGACGAGGAUGACGUGAUCACCUCCUCCGCAGACGAGGAGACGGCGGAGAUGCCUUCGUCGUCGUCGUCGUCGUCGUCGUCCGUGUCCGUCACAUCAAAGAAAGAAGACUGUCCUGCCGCUGAUACAGUCCCAGUCGCACUAAACUCGGCGCCGCUGCUGCCGGAUACGGUGAAGGGUUUGCCGGCUGACAUUCAACGUCUGGUGUCGGCGCACUAUCGCGCGGGCUAUGAGGCCGGAUAUUUUGUUGGCCGGAGUGAGAAGGCGGCAACGGAAGUUAACCAUAACAAGAGGAGACGUACUGACUAG